AUCUUCUCCGCCCCCCACUGCCCGGGUGAAGACAAAACGGUACGUAAACAUUACAGCCACCGUAAAGAGUGGAUGUACAACCAGAGAAGAUGGCCAGCGGGUUUUAAAUGUGAUUUCCCUUUUCCAAGUUGUCUUUACACAUUACACCGAUCCACACACUGCCCUUGGUCGGUCCGUGACUGGAAGUUGACUGCCCUGCAGACAGGAGUGUGAGCGAUGAUCACAGAGCUGGUGAUGAACCGGAUCAGGCAACUGCUGCUAGCGAUUGUGGGCGUGCUGAAGCGGGCGAUGUGUUGUUUUGCCCGCCGCCGAAAGCUGUCCGCGAGCGAGUGCGAGGUGCUGAGCGCGGUCAGCGUCGACCGGUAUCCGGCCGGCGGCCGCACCACAGCCGGCGGCAAGAACGUCCCCGAGAAGGACUGGAACUCGUGGGACGAUUCGCCCCGCACGGUCGAGGAGCACAUCGAGCGGUACCGGGAAACGCUGGCUCAGCCGCCGUCCCCGACCGAGCCGCAGCCGGAGGUAGACUACUUUCAGGACAUGGCGCCGCAGAUCUCCUCCCAGCCGAAGGUGUGCAUCGCGACCGAAACCGAGCCUACCGACUUUAGCCGUCUGGUGGCCAAAAUUGACAUUCCUGUUGUGAACGAGCUAGAAGACUGGAACGAGGGCGAGCGGAGUGGGUGGGACGAUGCAGACGAAACGACCACCAAACAGUUGAUACGGGAAACGAGGAAAGAGCUGCGGGCCCAGCGGCAUCAGCAGAACCGACACCAGCUCGAAUCGUCCUACGCAUGAUGGGUUUAGCAAUUUCCCUGCCCAGCCAACGACUACGUGUACAGAAAAUGAGAGAGAGAGAAGGAGAGAGAGAUAAAGAGAGAGAGAAAGAGAGAGAGAGAGAAAGAGAGAGAGAAAGAGAGAG